AUGGGAAAAACGCAAAUAUGGGAAAAACGAAAAAAGGGGAAAAACGCAAAUAUGGGAAAAACGCAAAAAUGGGAAAAACGCAAAUAUGGGAAAACGCAAAUAUGGGAAAAACGCAAAUAUGGGAAAACGCAUAUAUGGGAAAAACGUAAAAAUGGGAAAAACGCUAAUAUGGGAAAAACGCAAAUAUGGGAAAAACGCAAAUAUGGGAAGAACACAAAUAUGGGAAAAACGGAAGUAUGGGAAAAACACAAAUAUGGGAAAAACGCAAAUAUGGGGAAAACGCUAAUAUGGGAAAAAUGCAAAAAUGGGAAAAACGCAAAUAUGGGAAAAACGCAACUAUGGGAAAAACGCAAACAUGGGAAAAAUAUGGGACAAACGCAAAUAUGGGACAAACGCAAAUAUGGGACAAACGCAAAUGUGGGACAAACGCAAAUAUGGGACAAACGCAAAUAUGGGACAAACGCAAAUAUGGGACAAACGCAAAUAUGGGAAAAACGCAAAUAG